GAAAAUUUUGCCUUGACAUUGAAGACCACUGCCCAAAUGCUCCAGAUGUUUGGGGCCUGCCUAGCCACAACAGAGCUGCCCAAAGGUGUGUCGUCCGCUGAAGGUCUUCUCACAUCCCACACAAGGCAGUGGGACAAACUGCAGGAUGAGCUGAAAUUGCUUGAAAAGCAAGGGGCCACAUUGCUGUCUUGCAUUGAAGAACCAGUGACCAGAUUUCCCACCAGAAAACUCAAUCCCAAUGAACUUGAGAAUGUAACUACCAUGGAAAGGUUAUUGGUUCAGUUGAAUGAAACGGAUAAGGCCCUUGGUCAGUUUUGGUCUGAGCAUCACCGGAAGCUUAACCAAUGCCUACAGCUACAGCACUUUGAGCACAACUUUUGUGAGGUUAAGCUGGCCCUGGACAGUUUGUUGGCAGAGCAAGCAGAGUUCACGGACAUUGGAGACUGUUUGAUGCAUGUGGAACAACUUCUUAAGGAGCACAAAACUCUGGAAAAAAAAGGCCAGGAGACCUUGGAAAAGGCCCAGCUCCUGGCACUCAUUGGGGACCAGCUCAUUCAAAGCCACCACUAUGCAGCAGACUCCAUCAGACCCAGGUGUGUGGAGCUUAGGCACCUUUGUGAUGACUUCAUCAAUGAAAACAAGAAAAAAGAUGACAUUUUCGCAAAGUCCUUGGAGUUACAUAGACAGCUAGACAAGGUCAGCCAGUGGUGUGAAGCAGGAAUAUACCUCUUGGCUUUCCAAGCCAUAGAUAAGUGCCAGUCACGAGAGGGAGUUGACACUGCCUUGAAUGACAUCGAGACGUUCCUGGGCACAGCAAAGGAUUACCAGCUACCCAACCCCAGGGACUUCUACAACCAGUUUGAGCUGAUACUCACCGUUGAAGUAAAGGCCAAAGCUCAGAAAGUCCUGCAGAAGCUGGGUGAUGUCCAGGAAAUAGUUCAUAAGAGGCAAAUGAGUUUGAUGAAACUUGCAGCCAGACAGACUCGCCCUGUGCAACCUGUGGCACCCCAUCCUGAGUCCUCCCCAAAAUGGGUGUCACCGAAAACCAGCCAGCCCGCCACCUUGGCUCUUCUUCAGCAAACAUCUGAGGAACCUUAUGUGGAGACAGAUUUUAACUCCCUGGAGAAGGAAUAUGAUGAGACAAAUUGUGAAGUCAAGAAUGAAGAAAUACUUGAUCCUAGUGAUGAUGGGGAGAACACUGCACAGAAGCAGCUUGAGAGUCCUAGAAGUCUCUCCCCUAGCAGGCGCAUUAUACAUGACUUGCUUGAGACUGAAGAAAUUUAUAUAAAAGAGAUUAAGAACAUAAUUGAUGGAUAUAUCACUCCAAUGGAUUUUAUUUGGCUGAAGCAUCUGAUUCCAGAUGUUCUUCAGAAUAACAAGGACUUUCUCUUUGGGAAUAUUAGAGAACUUUAUGAAUUUCACAACAGGACUUUUCUAAAAGAAUUAGAAAAGUGUACUGAAAACCCUGAACUUCUGGCACGUUGCUUCCUCAAGAGAAAAGAAGAUCUUCAAAUAUAUUUUAAAUACCAUAAGAAUUUGCCCCGAGCCAGGGCAAUCUGGCAAGAAUGUCAAGACUGCGCCUAUUUUGGGGUGUGCCAGCGUCAACUGGAUCACAAUUAUCCCCUUUUUAAGUAUCUUAGAGGACCAAGCCAGAGGCUUAUAAAAUACCAGACGCUAUUGAAGGAUCUACUGGAUCUUGAGUCUCCUGAGGAAAUAGAGAUAGUCCCAGGCAACCUUGAAGGAGGUUCCACUAAGGUUCAUGGUUUACCUUUUGAUAUUCAAGAAGACAUUUGUUUCCUACAGAAUGGGCCAAAGAGGACCAAGGAUUUGGCAUGCUCAGCUGAACUCCAACAAGCUCUGGCCAUGGUGGAGGAUUUGAUCAAGUCCUGUGAGUUGGCAGUGGACCUGGCAGCGGUCAGUGGGUGUCCGGAUGAUAUCAGCGGGCUGGGCAAGCUGUUCCUGUGUGACUCUUUCAACAUCUGGACAGUUAACAAGGACCGGUAUAAGAUGAAGGAUUUUAUUCGAUUUAAGCCCAGUCAGAGGCAAAUUUACCUAUUUGAGAGAGAAAUAGUCUUCUGUAAGAUACGAAUGGAGACCGGUGACCAGGGCCUGACCCCUCAUCACAGUUUUAAGAAGUCUAUGAAGCUGAUGACACUUUCAAUUCGCCAACUUGGAAGGGGGAGCAGCAAAAAGUUUGAAAUUGCCAACCAUAAUGGACUUGAGAAAUACAUCCUUCAGGCAGCUUCAAAAGAAAUCAGAGAUUGUUGGUUUUCAACAAUAAGUAAAUUAUUGCUGGAACAACAAAACAAUAUUAAAGACAUUUGUGAAGAUGAAGACCAUGGCAAACAAAUCUCCCCCAAAUGCUGCUCCUUGGACACCUCUGACGAUUGUGAAGGUGCAGAAGCUAUGGAAAAGGAGAUCAGUGCUCUGAGUCUCUCAGGACUUUUCCAGCUGGAUGACAGUUACGAAACCUGUUCUUCCAAAUCUAUGGUGGAAACGGGAGAAACCAUCCCGGGAGAAAGCAUCCCGGGAGGAAAAGAAGGCAGUGAGGAAGACACUGCUGGGGUGUCUGCUGGGCUGCUUGCCCCUGCAGGAGAGAAGACUGGUGUCCAGGCAAAGGCCUUGGCAGCCCAGGAAGGCUGCCUGAAGACCCCCGCGGCAGAGAACUGACCAGCAUUCCAGACACCCACGUCCGGGCUCAGCUGAAGCCCAGGAGAGGCUGCUGUGGUCACUGACGGCUGUGCCCGCCCCUCAGCAGAAAGCAGCAAAGUGGCCUAAGAGUCUCCAGGUCUGCAGGGUUGGCAGGGCACGCCAGGGCUGCCUCCCAGGAACUUGAAGGCUGUCCCCCUUCUUCCACCGCGGUUCCCUUGCCCCUGAGGGACUGAGGGAUGCCCGUGCCCACCACAUUAGCCCGACCCAGUGUGGAGGGCUCAACAGAGGAGUUCUCAAGGCAAAGGGCCCGCGAGGGAAGGAUUGUCUUUGGAAAGCUGUCUCGUGCCCUGCGGGGUGUUCAGCAGCACCCCUCCUGUGCCCACUGGGUGCCUGUACAGCCUCAACCACCCACCCAGACGGGGAAAUCCGAACUGCCAAAUUCACCAUGGGGUGGCAGUGGCUGAGAACCUGUUUUCCGAACUUUGGAGGCACCUGAAUGCCUCAAACUCUACCGGCACAACCCUGCUGCUCUUCUGGAAUCUCUGCAAGGAUGUUAAUGUGGCGCUUGUGUAACUUUGUGCCAGGAUUGCUGGUCUCAGAGAGGGUGGUUAUUCGUCAGUUUCUGAGAGAUUUAAGUUUCGAGUUAUUAGGUUUUAAAUUCGUUUCAGUUCCAUUUUCGUUUUGUUACUUUUUAGUUAGUUUUCACUUAUUUUAAUUUUGUAGUUAUUUACUGUUGUGGUUUGUAAUUCUUUUGUCUUCGAGCUUAUUUCGUUUUUGCGUAUCUCGUUUUCCAGUUACUUACUUAAGGCUAUUUUGCUUUGAGAGUUAUAUAUUUCCAGGCUAGCUUAGAACUGUUACUUUUUAAUUCUCCUUACAAUUUUUAACAUCUGCAUUAUUUAUUUUCAUAGUUACUCUAUUUUUAAUUAAUGGCAUUUUGGGUUAUUUACUUAUAGAGUUACUUAU